CAGACUUGAAGCUUAGUUGAAGACAAAAGUAUCAAUUAUGAGGUUCCUUCUUCCAAUUUCGAUCUUAAUUAUCACAUCAGCAAACUGUCUAGUAAUUGACUGUGACUACAAAUCAACAUGGGCUGGCUACACUUGCGUAGUUCAAAAUUUAAUCAGAUCAUCACAAAGUGACGUGACUGUAACAGCAGUGAAUGGAAAUCAUGCAAUAGGAAAGUCCAAAUUCAAUGUAGCUGCAAUUGAUGCACGAGGACUCUCAGUUCCACGAUUUUUUGUCAAUCUGAACAGAUUUUUACCAAACUUAGAGACAGUCUUGAUUGAAAAAGGAAUGACUGAGAUCCACAAAGAGGAAUUGGCUCAGUUUCCAAGCUUAAAAAGGCUUUACUUGAGCAAUAAUGAGUUGCAAGUCAUUGAACCUGAUUUAUUUAAAUUUAAUCAAAAAUUGGAGCUGAUUUUUUUUGACAACUGUAAAAUUAAGUCAGUCGCUAGAAAUGUUUUUGAUAAAUUAGACAGCUUGACGUAUUUGGGAUUCAAUAACAAUCCAUGCUACUCAGGACAUGUUGAGAAUAAUCGUGGACAAGCUUUAGAUUUAGCUGCAAAGAUUUAUGAAAAUUGUGGUUCAUCAAUGGCAACUUUUAGUGGAUAUGGAAGCGAAUCUUGUGUCGCAAAGAAUGAUUUUGGAGAUUUCAGAGUGGAAGUGAGAAGAAAAUUUGAGGAACUGAGUAAGAAAUUGGAGCAGCUGAUGGAUGAGACUUCAAGAUAUGUGAAAAUAGCUAAGGAAAGUUGCGAUACUGAUUAAAUUCAAAUAUGUACUCAAUUGCCAGACAGCACUAAACCACAUCUACAGAACAAAACUUCAACAAGCCCAUCUACAACACACACACACAGCUUAAAAUCAAAUCCAAAAAAAAUCAGAAAAAAAUAAAAAAGGCACUUUUUGGAUUGGAGGCCCGAGCCAUAAAAAAAAAUCUACAUAAAUUAAACACCAUAAUAUUGAUUUAAUAAUUUGUUUUUCACACUUUUCUGACUGAUUAAGUGAGCAUCAUUUGCAUAAUCACCGCAGUGCGAUCUCCGUUGAGUCUUAAACCAAGCCUUAAAAAAUAUAAUAUUAUUUCUGUUGAAACACACAGCAAACGAACGACGAACGAUAUGAAAAUGAAGAUGAAAAAAAAAAUUAUUUAAAUAUCGACAAAUUUUUUAUUUUACAUUCGGGUCUGUUGUGCUGUGUGUGCGGAGGAUUUAUCAAUAAAAAUUAAAAUUAAACGAAUUUUUUAACACUUUCGAUUGCUCUUCAUCUUGAUCCGCUAUGUGUGGUUCGCUGACUCGCCUUCGAGAUUGGAUUAUUAGUGCAGGGUUGGAGAGCAGAUUUUGG